AUGGAUGCUUAAUUUUAGGUUUCAUCGGAUGACUUUGACUUUGAAGUAAACCAAGCUUUAAAGAGUGGCAAUCAUAUGGAAGAUUCAGGGAGUAUGUAUGAAAUGCCUGAAAAAAAAAAAGCGUAUAAAGGAAGAGGGAAAAAAAAAGAAUAACAACCAAAUAUGAAGAAGCCAAUCGAAAAAAAAGUUUAUGUUAAGAAUAAUAAGAAAUAACUACAAAACAAAAACACCGCAUCAAAAAGGGAGCAUACAACUUAAAUAAAAUAAAAAAAUAUUAAGAAUAAUUUUGCUAUGUAAUUUGCAGAGGUUUUUGACGAAGAGUUAUUACAAUUUGAGAAAGCAGAGAAUUAGGGAAAUUAAAAUAUUAUAUAAUAAAACUUUGAAAACAAAAUUUAAGUGGAAAAUCAGUUUAAUUAAAUUGAAUCUGAGAAAAAUCAGUUUAAUUUUAUUUAAGGACCAGAAGAAGAGCAAAUACAAGCCAAUGAGGUUUAAUAAAACUUUAUUCCCAUGUAUCUUGAUAAUAAAGGAAAUUAUAAAUAUCUCAGAAGAGCUUUGUCAAUGGAAAACGAACAUUAACCACUCUUCUUUAAGCGAUUUUUAAAUUCCCUCUAGAUGACACAAGAGGAAUAUGAUAAUAUAAAAUAAUCCUUUCCUUAAAUACCUUCUGAGUAUCUACCAUAACUUAUUUUGGAAUAGAGACAAAUAAAUAACGUAUUUUAAAACAAACUACCUUAAGAACAAUAAUAGUAAUAAUAAAUCAUUUAAAAUUAAUAAUAAUAGUAGGACUAGGGAAAUUAAUUUUUUCAGAAUUAACAGCAACCUUAAGGAAAUUAAUUAAAUUUUAUUGAAACUGAAUUUAAGCAUAACCCAAAUUUGUCAGAGGAUAAUUUAGAGUGUUCUAUUUGUGCUUAGACAUACUUGGACGGAGACAAGUUGGCAAUAUUACUUUGUAUCCACAGAUUCCAUUUAACUUGCUUUACUUGUUGGUUGAAAAAGUCUAAAUAAUGUCCUAUUUGUCAUCAUGGUUGA